AUGAUGAACAGAUCCAGCUCUGCUGAGGCCUACUUUGCCCCUUCCAUGAUGUCCUUUGUUGGGCUGGAAGGCAGCAGCCUAAAGCACCAAACUUGGGAUUGGGAGACCAGCUCCAUCGACGCCAACACCACCACCCCAGUCACCACCAGCAACCUCCAAAGCCAUCCAUUCUUCCCCAACGUGCCCUUACUGGACUGCACCCCGCCUCCUUUGCUCCCCAUGACGAACAGCUUCCCCUUUUACUCGGCGCCGCCCCUGCCCGAAUACCCCGUGGGGCUCAUCAAGAGGGAAGACGGCGUCGGUGGCCGUAUCGGGCUAAAUUUGGGCCGCAGGACCUACUUCUCGUCCGGCGAGUCGCUCACGACGAGAGGGGUGUAUUCAUUGAGCCACCGGCCACCGCGGUGCCAGGCCGAGGGGUGCAGGACCGACCUCUCCGGAGCGAAACACUACCACCGCCGCCACAGGGUAUGCGAGUUCCACUCCAAGGCCACUGUCGUCGUCGUCGGCGGGUCGCAGCAGCGCUUCUGCCAGCAGUGCAGCAGGUAAUGGGCCAGCUUAGGAGGCCACACGGCCACCAGUCUCCCACGGUUGCUUUCCUUCUCUCUUCUGGCUUUUGGAUGCCUUCCUAUGCCGUGAGAGUGUUGCUUCUUUUACGACCGCUUGGGUGGAAUGCAGCAACCGAGCCUGGCAUUCCUACACAUAUCCACAAUCUCCAUGAACACUCUCAACAACAUUAUGAGGUGUCAAUGCAAACAUAACUCUCACGCUUUUGAGCAAGGAGA